CCACGGUGGUGAUGCAACGAAUUGAACGCACUUCUCAGUCGUAGCUCAGCCUGAUAACGUAUAACGUCCAACGACGCCGUGAAACUUUCACCGUUACAACAGUACUACACUGCACGAUGUGAUUUGUCUUUCAUUACGGACACUAUGCAUAACUAAACAUACUCAACAAAGCAGAAGAAAAAAGGAUAGACGGGUUGCUCCAUCAGAGCUUUUUGUGCAAAUCCGUUAGAGCCAGACAACAAAGGAAACAGAAAACGCGUAGUAAAAGAACCCGUGAUUUAGGACAUCCUUACGUAUUUGCCAUUAACAACUCGCCAAAAGAAGAUCUUCAGUUAUGGCCGUCAGUUCUACAUGGGACGGGAACAUCGAAUAUGUUAAAAAGAACAGCUACAGCGCGCCAUCGAUAAGGAAACAUACCUUGUGGUCUUACUACUUUGAAGGAAAUGUAGAAAAUCCAGAGAUAUGUAUAGAGUCAUUAAACUUACAAUGCCCUUAUGAAAAAGAAUGUUGCAGCAGGCUUCAUGCCAAGAAACGUUGGCACUGGCAAAUUCUUCAUAACAAUGAAUGGUACAACCUUUUAGAGAGUCAAUCUGACCGUCUGGAAAGGUCUUUCCAGUUUGUGGACAAAGAUGGAGUUGUCAUACCCGCAAUAAAUCCUUUGAAAACAGGAAAGCACGGUUCAGAACUGAUUAAUCUCCUUGGAACAUACAACUGGAAGGCCGAUUUCCAACAAAUGAAAAUAUCACAGGUUAAUGGGGUAGAUAUUUUUUAUUUACGAAGGCUCUCUACGCCUUCAGCUGGAAAAUCUAAAGACAAAUAUGCAAGUAAUUUUAAAUGGUUUAGGCAAGAAAAUGAAAGCUGGAUUGAGUUUGGCCAAUGUGUAGAUUUGUACUCGGACAGCACACAGUCGACUUUGACCGAAUCACCAACCACUUCUCAUGCAAUUGAGAAGCAGUAUCAAAAGAAUGAGAGUAGAUAUAUGACUGUUAAUGUCUUCCAUAACAAAGCAAAACUUAACUUUCUAAAAAUGGAGCUAACCUAUAAAAAAUCCAGGAAAGUCGUUCCAGUUAGGAGACGGCCCGUAAAUGAUGAUGUGGUUUAUCCAACAGUGUGGUUUUACCACCCUACGGGCCAUGUAGAGAUACCAGAAAUAUGCACCAACACUAUUGAAGACAAAUGUGCUAAGACAAACGGAUGUGGCAGGCUUCAUUCUAAUGCUGUAUGGCAGUGGCAGUUCAUGCAUGAAGGCAUUUGGUACAAUUUACCAAGAGUCCAGAAGGUAGCAUUUGAAAGGGCUUUUCUGGACGUGUGGGAAGAUACUGCAGAGAUGCCAGCAGUUAACCCCGAAGUAAUGGGUCUCACUGGUGAAGUAAUGGUUAAACUCUUAGGAACGAGUAAAUGGCUGGCAGAAUUUGACAGCAUGACAAUGACGGAACUAAACCGUCCAGGAACGACUCUCAAAAUACGAAGACUGUCGACCCCAUCUACAGUCAAGUCUGGAGAUGAUAAUGCUACAAAUUUUGUUUGGUUUUUUCAGAAAGAUUUUUCUUGGGUAGAGUUUGGGUGUGCUGAAGAAACAAAUGUAAUGUCUUCUUCAGUUUCGCCUUUAUCGUCAUCGUACGGCAUAGAAAAAUGCUAUGAAUCCCAGAAGUGGGAUACAAUGGAAGUUUCAGUACCAGAUGGUGUUUUUGAAUUGAAUUUUAACUCAAUGAAGCUGAAACACACAAGUACACAGGAGGAGAUCAAAGUCAGACGGCGGCCAGAGUGUGCACGAUCUGGUGUAAAUCAUUUCCGAACCAAGAACCAAGUCGAGCUCAGUGCUACAAGCAAAGAAUUCGGAGAUGUUCGACGUUAUCUUUUCCGAAGUCUCAAAUUCCCAGAAAUAGUGAGCAUCAAAAGGGUGCAAAAUCCACAACUCUGGGCAGCAUUCAAGAACAGGCAAGGUGAAGUAUCUUCUGACAGCAGCAGUGAUGAGACGCUAAACAUUCAUACCCUCUUCCAUUGGGUAGAGAAAAAUUUGGUCGACAAGAUCUGUAGCAGCCAAUUUGAAUGGAUACACCAAUGUCAAGAAGUAAAGUCACAAUGUGAGCAAAAUGUUGUUUUUUUCAGAAGUGCAGAGUUUCACCACACAUCAUGUCCCUCGCCAUCAGUAAGAGACCACAGGCUUCUUGUGUUUAAAGUUCUUGCGGGAAAUAUAAGGACGUCCACAGAUAAUUCCCAUACUUCCCACCUGGAGUGUAGCACCGAGGUCGAUAAUGAAUAUUUACCAGAAAGAUUUAUGAAGGAUGACAAGCGGGAUUACUGUUUAGAGUAUAUUGUAGAGUUGUAGCUGUACACGCUUGGACUAUGAAUUUUAAAGGGCCUUCGUUGAAAACGGUUAACCAUAACUAAUGUUUUCAAUACUACUGUAACCAUACAAUAAAUGGAUUAA